GCCGCUGAGCCUGAGGUGCAGGCGGGAAAUGCCGCUGAUCCUGAGGUGCAGGCUUCCGGGCUGGCCGCCCAGGCUGCUGGGGCGGGCUCAUCGCAGGGGCCUUCCCGGACCCAAUAUCUGUCCCAUCGCUUUGGGAAGGGGAUAGAUACGGUGCGGCUGGAUCACGUGAGCGCGUCCGCCGGUAUGGAUUCAUUAUGGAGCGCGGGGGUGACCGCGGAGAGGUUCUUUCCUCAGGGUUCGUUGAGCUCCGAGGACCAGGGAUUGAUUGACAGGAUCGGUCCCGAGGACAGUUUUGAUGCUGCCCAGGUCAUGCUGCAGAGGGUGAUAGGCAUAAUGAGUCACUGGAAACCCAAGUGGGGCCAGCAGCGAGAAGACUUGGCCAAGCAGCAGCAGGAGCUGGCUAAGCGGGAGCAGGAGCUGGCCAAGCAAGAGCAGGAGCUGGCUAAGGUGAAGGGCCGGCUUCAGCCAUGGAAGGAGGCGAACAAGAUCCUGAGGGAGGAUAACAAGGCUCUCACCGCGGCUCUUGAUGAGGCGAAGCGGCGGGAGGCUGAGCUCCGGACCGCGCGUAGCGACCUUGCGCGGGUGCAGAAAUCUCUUGAGAUUGCAUUGCGGUCCAAUGAGGCUUAUGCUUCUCGAGUGGGGGAGCUGCAGGGGCUCGCCGCUUUUUCUCGGGCGCGGGCCCGUUCUUUGGAGGACGAGGUGACGUCCUCCCGUGACCAGGUGCGGGUCUUAGAGGAUGUUGUGGCCUCUCUAAAGGGGGAGUUGGCAGCGGCGGCUGAGGAGCGUCUCCGCAGUGAGGCCAUUCUGGGUGGUCGAGAGGAUGAGAUUGCUGCGCUGAGAGUAGAGCUCGUGGAGCUGGCAGCGGGGAAAGCGGCCGUGGAAGGACGGCUCGUCGAGAUGGAGCGCUCCGUCGUGGCAGAGCAUAAGAGGGGCUUUCAGAAGGCUGCCCGUCAGGCACGACUUCUUGCUCCCGGGUUCGACUUCUCCUCGAUGCAUGUGGAGAAGGUGGUCCGUCGUGGGAGGAUUGUUUCGGAGGACGAUGUUAACGACAGUUCCAGUGAAAAUGCCUCCGCUUAGGUUUUCUUUGUAAUUUUGGUUUCCUUUCUCUUUGGCGUGAAUUGAUGUACUGAAUCUUGUGAACUUUGCUUGUAUACAUGUAUGCAUGUUGCUCUAUUUUGUUCGUUUUGGGUUUAAUUUUGGCUGUUCGCGCUGUUUGAAGCGCAUGUUUGGCGUCUGUUAUAUGCUUUUGUAUCGGGUGAUACCUCUUAUCUUGCGCUAGUGACGUCGAGAUUCGAGGUCGGCCUUAGUUGCUUGCUCAGUAGGGUUUUUCGUGGAAGUUCGGACUCGGCCGUAGAUGAAUGUGUUAAGAUUCGUAUUCGAUCUCAAAUUGUGACUUUGUAAUUGUUGUGAGAGUUUAUAAAUGACCCUAGGCUGGAGUCAAGGUCAGAAUUCAAUCCUAAGUUGGUCGUGCCGGGGUUCGAAUUCGACCCCGGUAUCGAGAGUGGGGUGUGCUUUGCCAGGGUUCAAAGUUGUCCUCAGGUUAGUGGUUUGGUAUCGACCUUUAAGGGAGAAUUCGUGUGUGUGUUGAGAUUCGUAUUCGACCUCGGAUUUUGAAUUAGGCGACUUGGUUAGGUUCGGACUCGACCUUUAAGGGGGAGCAUCGAGGCUCAUACUCGACCUUGUAUGCUAAACGAGGUUCGGGCGUGACUUCGAACUUCUGUUUGGGUGAGUGUCUCUGUAGAGGCUUGAUGACCUUGAUUUAUUAGCGUCGAGGUAUUGCGCCGACCUCAAGCCGGAGUGUAGUAGGUUGGAUAAGUGGUCCAUGUCCGCCCUUAAGUUUAGGGUCAUGCAUGUUUUGUCAUGGAUCGAACUCGAUUUCGGGUAUGUGGUCGGGACUCGACCUCCGAAUGAGUUACUAGGGUUCGACCUUGACUUUUGACAAGAGCGUCGAGGUUUGCACUUGACUUCGUAAAUUGCGAGCGGGUUCCAUUAAGGUUCGGACUCGACCUUUGAAGAAAGCGUCGGGGUUCGUACUCGACCUCGGAUUUGACGUUUGAUUAAGGUUCGAACUGGACCUCGGAUUUUUGCGAAUGAAUGGGUUAAGGUUCGUGUUCGGCCUUUAACGAGAGUGCUGGGGUUCGUGCUCGACCUCGGGUUUGCCUUUUUAAGGUUCGAACUCGACCUUUA